AUGAUGGUAAGGGGGAAUUUGGCAUUAUGGGCUGCCGUUCUGGCGUUUUCGUCGUCGGUUAUAAGCGUAGGCGCCGCACCUUCCGGCCAACCUGUUGUGAAGGAGCUCCCCAGGCCGGAUUUUUCGAGCAGGGGGACGCUGGUCCUAGACUUCACGGCGGGCAAACUUGACCCGCGUAUCACCAUGUGCAACAGGCUCAAGGGAAUCACGCGUUAUUUUGUUAAGCCCGACGUGGGCGCCAGCAUCACCGCCAUCCAGAUCAACGGCUACCGCGUCGACCUCCCACUUCAUCCGAAGGUGGAAGCGGUCUUCUGCGCAUCUCCGUUCAACAACACCUUCACCGUCGUCUUCAACGAUGAAACUUCCGACGAAUUCGAGGUCACGCCCAAAGGCAUUGAGGCUUUGACAAACAAGCAGCGGUACAACAUCUUCAAUUUUGCAAAACCAUCCCAGCAGCAAGAUCCGGAACCUUCAGAGUCUUCAGACUCUCCAAACACUCCAAGCUCUCCAAACGCUUCGAGCUCUUCAAAAACGUCAAGCACUUCAAGCUCUCCAAACGCUUCAAGCACUCCACACGCUUCAAGCUCUCCAAACGCUUCAAGCUCUCCAAACGCUUCAAGCUCUCCAAACGCUUCAAGCACUCCACACGCUUCAAGCACUCCACACGCUUCAAGCACUCCACACGCUUCAAGCUCUCCAAGCACAUAUAUCUCUCCAAGCACUCCAUACACUUCAGAAUCUUCCGAGUCUUCAGAGCCAGCCAAGUCCGAAUCUAAACCUUCGCAAUCGGCUGAUGCGGCCGUAUGGAGAUCUCAGCUGACAAAGUUGGCCGAAACGGAACUAAAGGGUGCAGUGACUGAAAUACGAUUGCACAAUGAUCCUCCACCUCCAACUGCACCGGCUCUGGACCCCAAUUUGCUCAGGCUCAAAGCCAUGGCUUCGCCUUCCAUGGGAGCACCACGAACGCCGGGAUUUCAGCAAAUGCGUGAUAGGUUGAAGGCAAUCUCUGAGAGGCAAAGCUCCGUCAAAGUUGACAGACCGACUAUUGUAGAGGCAAAGCCGUCGAAACCAGUCGAUACGCCAGCCUCUGUAAACAAGCCGCCCAAAAUUGGUUUUGAUGACUUCCUGAGCAUUGACGACGAGUUUGAUACCGAUGUAGAGGAGGGUCGCCACCACAGCUCCAAAGAUAAGGACGAUGGCUUGCUGGAUAUAGACGACGGCGAACACAGCGGCGCAUCAGCACCAUCAUCUGAUACGCUGCCGUCUACUGAUACGACAACCGCUUCGACUGAAAGUUCCUCGUCAUCCUACAAUGCGUCAUCAUCGGACAUACCCUCGUCUACUGAUACAUCAUCAUUGUCAUCGGACACGUCCUCGUCAACCAUUGCCCCGUCGUCAUCGGAUACUUCGACGUCAAAUGAUACGGCAACGGGUUCAUCUGGUGGUAGUUCAUGGUCAUCAUGGUAUAAUUCGUUGUAUGAUGCGUCAUCAUCUGCUACUCUGAUGUCUUCUGAUACGACUACGGCUUCUACUGAUGCGUCAACUUCAUCUUCCCAUACAACGGCUUCAUCGGAUGCACCCGCGUCUACUGAUACAUCGUCGUCGUCGGAUGCCUCCCCGUCAACCGACACUCCAUCCUAUACAUCCUCUUCAUCUGAUGCAGCAACCGCUUCAAGUGAUAUUUCUUCGUCAUCGUCCCAUGCGCCAUCUUCAUCCUACACUACUUCGUCAUCGGACACAUCCUCAUCAUCCCACACUCCUUCAUCGUCCUACUCUACCUCGACAUCGGAUGCGUCGUCGCCUUCUGAUAAGCCAGCUUCGUCAUCGGAGACAUCCUCGUCAUCCCACACUCCGUCAUCAUCGCACACGACAACCCCUUCGUCGUCCCAUGAUACGUCAACGUCUUCAUCGCAAAGCUCGUCGUAUGAUACGUCGACAUCUGGAUCCUAUACAUUCCCGCAUGUGCCUUCAACAACUCCUCAGGCAGGACACACGGGAGAAUACGAGGCAGACGAGACGCCGGGCUUUAAGGCGUUCGUCACCAGUGACACUAUGCAUACGGAUGUCCAACCUAGCAUUGCAACUCCGACUCCAGCUCCAACUCCGAGAAGAAAGAAGAUUAUGACUGCCUCCCCCGCUUCGUCUGGAGGCAAGUACAACAGGCACGUCGCCACGAUCACCACGGGCGACGUGGAAGCGCAGCACCACGAGGUGCAGUCCAACAGAUCCGCUGAAGAAGAAAGCACCCCGGAAGCGUCAGUCAAAAUAGACACUACAUUGGUCAUCGGUGAGACGAACGAGAACAUCAGGACACACAAGAAGGGAGACAUUACGUGCUACAGGGCUACCAACGGCCGCAUCAUCAGGACGGUCGAGAUUCAAGGCAAGUCCAGGAAAGUUGGUGUCAGCUACCCUGUGGAAACCAUCGUGUGCUCGCUCCAGCGCCCCAACGAGUACCAUCUCGCUGUGGGUAGCCUCGACGAGAGCGGCAAGUGGACCACCACCUACCUCAACAAGUCGGGCGACAUGGAUAUCUUCACGAACGUGGCUACCAAGGCGCUUUUCAAGGACAUCUCGUUCGCAACGAUGUUCGAAGACGAAGAUGCCGAGAAAUCGCUGAAGCGCGACCCCGUGUGGUUCCAGAACUUCACAUACAAUGGGAAGGGUAAUGCCUCGCUCAAGCAGGUGGAGGCUAACGGCACUCUGUUUGUCCUUGAGACCGUCGACAGCGGCUACCUCAAGUCCAGCAAGGACCUUACCUUCGUCGACGGUGACAUCGUGACGCCGGAGGGAAUGAACAUGGUGAACAUCACCACCUCCAAGGGAGAGGGCCAGAGCUACCUCACCAUGACCUUCAGGGGUCGCAAUGUCUUGCACCACAAGAGGUACGUCGAAUCGCACGACAAUGCGAACAGCUACCAACGAGCUCGAUACACCGCGAACCUCGACAUCUGCUUCGACGUCACUACGGACUGCUUCGGUCUCUCCCGAGACGUGAGGCUCGCCGUGCUCGAUGCCCACACCAUCGAGUGCGACGCCAUCAUGUGGGGCAUUGACGUCAAGAAGUACGGCGGAAUCACGUUCCUCAACAUCCCUAACAGGAACGUGGACACCCUCCUUCUGAUUGGCAACUACGAGGUGCUGCUCAGCUCUGCGGAGAGUCAUGCAGUGACCAUCAUGUCUAGUGAUAUCGGCCUGUCCGCCGAUAUCCGAACCAACAACAGCGGUGGAUUGUUGCGCACGAUCAUCACGCCGAACUCGAGAACUCGCGAGUCAUACAGCGUGGACUUUUUCUGA